GGAAAGUUCGAACUGCGGAUGCGGCGCCGGGAAAUUCUUCGCUUUUCCGGCUGUUUUUCCGAGUGUUGCGGGCUGCAUGUGAACGCACUGUCGCGUACUAUGAGUGGAAAAUGAGGCAGAUGAGGCAAGUGACACGCGCAUCGCCGGGUCAAAGUCAGGCCCUCCUCUCCUGCUUCAUCAUCGCCGUGUGCGCCGCAUUAAUAAUUCAAACUGGGCAAAUCCAGGGUGCGAAAGCUCAGCCGGGACGCGAACCCGGCGAACCCGGCGUGGUGAAUUCGACGGAGCCGAACGGCAACGGUGCGUAUGAAAACGGCAGUGCCGACAGUAAUGACACAGAAAGGCGGUUGCGCAAAGUAAUUGGGAAAUGCAUUUCCACAGGAAAUGGGACCAGUGGGCAGCGCGUGCCGCGCAGUGUGUUCCACGUGCGCUGGAACCCCAACGAGAAGUUCAUCGUGGAGAGUCGCGAGAACCCGGCCAUCAACUCCUCCAAGCUGGCUCCCCAUCCCCGACUGAAGGUCUCCAAGAACACCAAGCUCACGCUGAGCCCCAAGCUCUAUCUCUGCCACGACAAGCACUCGGAGCUGUGCCACAACAAGACCCAGCAGUUCCGCCACCGCAUUGUGCGGGCCUUCGAGAAGGCCAUGGCGGAGUCGGUCAACGAGUCGCAGGCGAACCACUACAACGUGGACUACAAGCCCGUGUUCGGGGACAGCUUCGAGGAGCAGUACUACCCCUCCACCUGCCUGGUCAUGGAGGCGGGCGUGCGGGUCCUGCGCCGCAAGGACGCGCCCUUCAACAAGCUGCCCUUCGGCCGCCUCUUCCCGCGCCAGAAGCUCUUCCGCAACGUGAAGGACAUCAAGACCUGUGCCAUCGUCUCCAGUGCAGGAUCGCUGGCUGGCUCCAAGCUGGGCCGCUUUAUCGACACGCACGACAUUGUGAUGAGAUUCAAUCAUGCGCCCACGCAAGGACACGAAGUGGAUGUUGGCAGCAAAACCACGAUUCGUGUGGUGAAUUCGCAAGUGGUCACCAAGCCGGAAUUCGACUUCACCCGGGCCCCCAUCUUCCGGAACGUCACGAUCGCCGCCUGGGAUCCCGGCAAGUACAACGGCACGCUGGAGGACUGGCUCACCAGCGCCGACUACGACCUCUUCACCAACUACGAGCUCUACAGGCGGCGCUAUCCCAAGUCGCGGGCCUUCCUCAUCGAUCCGCACUCCGUGUGGCGCCUGUGGCAGAGUCUGCAGAUGUUUGCCGGCAACCGCCCGAUAAGCCGGAACCCCCCCAGUUCCGGUUUCAUAGGACUGGCCCUGCUCCUGCCGCACUGUCCCCAGGUGGACUUCGUGGAGUACGUGCCGUCCACGAGACUCAAUGGACGCUGCCACUACUACAGCAAAGAGAUGAAUUCCGCCUGCACAUUCGGCUCCUGGCAUCCGCUGGCCGCCGAGAAGCUGAUGGCCCUGGACAUGAACAUGGCGGAGGACGACGACAUGUCGGUCUUCCAGUUCGGCAUCCUGCGGAUUCGCAGGCCGGACAAACUGCUCUGCGGCUUCAACUUCUUUGGCUACUGAGCAGGAGCGCGAUUCCCAGUUGCCAGUUUGCAGUUCGCAGUUUGUAGGCGGAAGUGGCAGUGG